CACCAUUCGUAUGUAUGUGUGUGUGUGUGUGUGGAUAAUUAAUAAAUGUAUAAAGAAUUGAAAUAAUUGAUGGAGUUUUAAUAAACAUUUUCCGGUGUUUGUUUAAUUUUUAAUAAUUUGGUUGGUGUGACGUCACUUAUGUAUCACACUGACCAGCCUGUUGCUAUUGGCAACGAGACAGAUUCCAACAGCGGUUUCUUUAACUCAAUGACCACUUACUGUAAAAACAUUUUUCAUGUUUUUGUUUAUUUUACGCACACGACUGUAUAAACAAUAUAAAUAAUACCGAUGUAUGUCAUUUGGACUAAGAAGCAGUGAAAAAUUGCAGAAGGAAGCUGCAGAAAAAUUCCGUAACAUGAUGGCUGCCAUACUAGAGUAUAGGGCAACAGUAGUGGUUUCAUUACUACUACUGAUGUACUUUUUGUGGAUGGAUAUAACAUUAUAUUAUCAAAUUCAGAGUAUGCAUCCAGUAGGGUCUGUAACAUCUAAGCCGUCAAUGGAAAGCCAUGCAUUAUUUUCACCAUUUUCUGGUCUCUCUGUUAAAAUGAUGAUGAUGGAUCAAGUGAAUAACUACAUUCAUACUCCUUUGGCACAAAUUUUUAAUCAGGUUAGCCAUUUCAGUGAUGUAUUUUACUUCAUUACUCCAAAUAUGAUUAGUUUCUUGGGUGUUUUAUUUGCUCUCGCAGCUGCCAAAUGUGUUUCUGCAGACAAUUUGACCAUGCAUUAUAUAGCCGUCCUAUUAUUCCAAAUACGUACUUGGUUAGAUGCCUUAGAUGGUAUUGUAGCAAGAGCCAGGCUUGGGGUCAUACAGCACGUGUCAUUAAGAUAUACAAGUGGUUAUGUAGUUGAUGGUUUAGCAGACGCUAUUGGAUUUGGUACUUUCUUAUAUGGAUGCUAUAUCUAUCUCUGCAAAACUUUCAAUAAAUCAAAAUAUUACCUUCCAGUUCAUAAUGAUGAUGGAGGUAUUGAUAAAAAUGGAAUGACUCCUGUUUAUUCUCCUCCAAUAGUUAAUCCUGGAAAAGCAUUAUUUGUAGCUUGCUGUUUUGGCUUUCAGUUAGCCUUAAGUGCCUUCUGUUGGGAUCAUUAUGUUGAUGCAUAUCAUUCACUACUGGAAAAUCAUCAAGUUUCAGAAUCUGAAGCAAUAGUACAGAAUGAAAUAUUACGGUCUUCUGUAGUAUGGGUGAUUAUGUGGUUUUGGAGAAUAUUAAAUGCACAUUCUCUAAUGCAAAUGUUACUGUUUGCAGUGUUUAUUAAUAAAAUAUGGGAAUUUUUGACUUGGAUUCAGUAUAUUGGUUUUUCAACAAUUAUCACUUUAACAGUGUUAACUCAUUUACAUUUGCAUAGUAUUCAAAAUUACAUUGGCCACGUAUCCUAAUUUUCCACACGUGUCUAGGGC